AUGAGGGCCGAAAAGAAAGAGGAGCCUUCGGUAGCCAGAGAAAAUGAACUAAGUGCAUCAUCAUCUAUUGAAAAACUGGGACUAUGGACUUCUUUCAAAGACUCCUUCAAACCAGCCAUCAAAACCGAAACCUUAACACAUGAGAUUGCAGUGGAUGAAGAAGAACUAACGGAUGUACAGAGAGCGGCCUUGAAGGCUAGCAACUCUCAGUUGUCUCGUAGUUUGAAGUCUCGCCAUUUACAGAUGAUUGCAAUAGGUUCCUCUAUAGGUACAGGACUAUUUGUGGGAUCCGGAUCAGCAUUGAGAACUGGUGGAAGUGCCGGGUUGAUCAUUGCCUGGACGUUAAUCCUGACAGGAGUUUAUGCCACAAUCCAGGGCCUUGGAGAAUUAUCAGUUACUCUUCCAGUCAGUGGUGGAUUCAAUCUUUACGCUACCAGAUUCAUAGAACCUGCUGUUGGUUUUGCAGUGGGAUGGAACUAUUUCAUGCAGUUUUUUGUGCUCGUUCCUCUUGAGCUAGUGGCUGCAUCAUUAACUAUCAAAUACUGGAACUCCACUCUCAACCCCGAUAUAUUUGUGGCAAUAUUCUUCGUGGCUGUGGUAUUUGUAACUCUCUUAGGUGUGAAGGGCUAUGGUGAGGCCGAGUUUAUAUUUUCCAUGGUAAAGGUCAUUGCUAUUAUAGGUUUCAUCAUUCUAGGAAUAGUCUUGAUUUGCGGUGGAGGACCAUCUCAUGAGUUUAUUGGAGGAAAAAAUUGGAGGGAACCGGGCCCAUUUGCAAAUGGCUUCAAAGGAGUAUGUUCCGUCUUUGUCACCGCUGCCUUUUCAUUCGGUGGUACCGAAAUGGUUGGAUUAACGGCUGCAGAAACUCCAAACCCAAGAAAAACUUUACCAAAGGCUAUUAAGCAAGUUUUUUGGAGAAUAUGUUUGUUCUAUCUUGUGUCCUUAACCAUUGUUGCAUGUUUGGUAUCUUACGACGAUGACAGAUUGCUCGGAGAUUCUUCAGUAGAUGCCACGGCUUCUCCAUUUGUCAUUGCAGUAGUAAACGGUGGAAUCAAGGGAUUGCCCAGUGUUAUCAAUGUGGUGAUUUUGAUUGCAGUUAUUUCAGUGGGUAACUCUUCAGUUUAUGCUACUUCGAGAUCCCUCAAUUCGCUCGCAGAGCAAGGAAUGGCUCCCAAAUGGACAGGCUACAUUGACAGAGCCGGACGGCCUCUCGUAGCAAUUGCCAUCACCGAUACAUUUGCAUUAUUCGCUUUCAUCGCUGCAUCUGACAAACAAGAAGAAGCCUUCAACUGGCUCUUAGCUCUCUCUGGUAUCAGUUCGAUUGCAACUUGGAUUUCCAUCAACGUUUGUCACAUACGGUUCAGAAAUGCUCUCAGUUACCAAGGAAGAAGCACCGAUGAAUUGCCAUAUGUUUCACAGGCCGGAAGGUGGGGUUCCUACUACGGGUUGACUCUAAAUGUGUUGGUUUUGGUUGCUCAGUUCUGGAUAGCAUUAUUUCCAUUGGGAGGGAAGCCAAGCGCAUACGACUUCUUCUUGUCUUACUUGGGACUUCCAGUCAUUUUGGUGUCUUGGUUAUUCUACAAAGUUUGGAAGAGACAAUGGCGGUUGUACAUUCCAAUUGAGGAAUUAGAUAUCGACACCGGUCGUGUUCACAUUGAUGCCGAUUUGAUAAGACAAGAAAAGGAGGAAGAACGAGAACAGCUAUCAAAGAGAGCAUUCUAUUACCGGAUAUAUAAAUUCUGGUGCUAA